AUGGCUUCAGAUUUCUUGUUUGAACCCCCGAGCGAUAAGGAAAUCGAGUACGAGCAUGAUGACAAUAAGGACGACUCAGGCGAAGAAGAUAGAGAAGCGGAAAAUGACACCGUUAACGAGGAGGAAGACGAAAUAUCAAUUUCUCCAGCUAAAAAGAAUAAAAAAUCCAAGCACUCUCCCUGGGAUUUCUCUUCCUACUCCCAGUCAGUUGCCGACGAGCAUGCCCGCCGCUGCACCAUUGCGAUGGGCGAAACUAGUCGAAACUUGGCCGAAACUGAUAGCGGUGGGCGGCGAGGAGCGUCUCCCGCAUCAAAAGCUUCUGUAGAAGCAUUAGAAACCACGAAGAUUAAGUCCGAAUUGGAGGCAUUGGCUUGUGCUGUAUGUAAAGAUAUAGUUGGUGUUGGAGAAAUGGUAAAGAAAUUGCCUUGUGGACAUGGGUAUCAUGGGGAUUGUAUCAUACCGUGGUUGGGGUCGAGAAAUUCGUGUCAUGUAUGUAGGUAUGAGUUGCCGACAGAUGAUGCAGAGUAUGAGGAAGAAAGGAAAAAGAGAGCUGCUGCUGCCGCUGCCCCGAGUUCUUCUUCCUGUGGCAUUGGCAGUAUUAGUGGUGAUUACGAGACUCAGUUCUUCUAA